GCGUCCUCCACAGUGCGCUGCUCCUCCUCAGAGUGCGCUGCGCUGCGCUGCAGCGAAGAGCUGCCUGGGGCCCGGAAGGAGCGCAUCCCACAUUCAUCAUGGGUUCAAGAGGAGGAAGCCCUAGCCCUAUCCGGGGACCAUACCCCGGCCCACUUGUGGAGGCGCUUUUCCGAAGUCACUUCUUCCCGCUCCCCUCUUCCUGUGCUCAGUGAUUUGCUGGCUGAUUCCCUGAAUCUGUCCUCAUCAAUAUCAGUUACCACGGCAACAAAAUCUAUCAUGGAGGCUCCCAUUUGCCUAGUGGAAAACAAGAAAGAGCAGCUGACUGUGAAUUCCAAAGCCUUAAGGAUUCUUGACAAGAUAUCUCAACCGGUGGUGGUGGUGGCCAUUGUAGGCAUAUAUCGUACUGGAAAAUCCUACCUCAUGAAUCGUCUGGCAGGACAGAAACAUGGGUUUGCUCUGGGCUCCACAGUACAGUCUAAAACCAAGGGCAUCUGGAUGUGGUGUGUGCCCCACCCCACCAAGCCAAACCACACGCUGGUCCUUCUGGACACGGAGGGCCUGGGAGAUGUGGAAAAGGGUGACCUUAAGAAUGACUCCUGGAUCUUUGCCCUUGCUGUGCUUCUGAGCAGCAGCUUUGUCUACAACAGCAUGAGCACCAUCAACCACCAGGCUCUGGAACAGCUGCACUAUGUGACUGAAUUAACACAGUUGAUUAGGGCAAAAGCUGGCUGCAGACCUGAUGAGAUAGAGGACUCCACCGAGUUUGUAAGCUUCUUUCCAGACUUUAUUUGGGCUGUUCGGGAUUUCGUGCUGGAGCUGAAGUUAGAUGGACAUCCCAUCACGGAAGAUGAGUACCUGGAGAAUGCCUUGAAGCUGAUUCCAGGAAAAAAUCCCCAAAUCCAAAGUUCCAACAUGCCUAGAGAGUGUAUCAGAUAUUUCUUUCCAGUACGGAAGUGCUUUGUCUUUGACCGGCCUACAAAUGACAAGACCUUAUUAUUCAGUAUUGAAGAUGUUCCAGAAAGCCAACUGGAAUGGAGUUUUCAGGUGCAAUCAAAAAAUUUCUGUUCCUAUAUUUUUACCAAUGCAAAGACCAAGACCCUGAGAGAGGGAAUCGUUGUCACUGGAAAUCGGCUGGGGACUCUGGUGGAGACCUAUGUGAAGGCCAUCAACAGUGGGGUGGUGCCUUGCUUGGAGAACGCAGUGACCACUCUGGCCCAGCGAGAGAACUCAGCAGCCGUGCAGAAGGCAGCCAACCACUACAGCGAGCAGAUGGCCCAGCGAGUGCGGUUCCCCACAGACUCGCUCCAGGAGCUGCUGGACGAGCACACGGCCUGUGAGAAGGAGGCCAUCAAGGUCUUCAUGGAGUGGUCCUUCAAGGAUGAAAAUCAGGAAUUCCAGAAGCAGCUGGUGAGCACCACAGAGAGAAGGAAGGAAGAUUUCUUGCUGCAAAAUGAAGCAGCAUCUACCAAGUACUGCCAGGAUAAGCUGGAGCAGCUCUCAGCAUCCCUGUUGAAAAACAUUUCAGAGGGAAUUUUCUCUGUUCCUGGAGGCCAUGGUCUCUACUUAGAAGCAAAAAGGGAGGUUGAAGAGGGCUACAAGCAUGCGCCCAGAAAAGGAGUUAAGGCAAAUGAGGUCCUCCAGAGCUUCCUGCAGUCUCAGGCUACUAUAGAAAAAUCCAUUCUACAGUCAGACAAAGCCCUCACUGAUGGAGAGAGGGCACUAGCAGCUGAGAGGACCAAGAAGGAAGCAGCUGAGAAGGAACAGGAGUUGCUAAAGCAGAAAAGCAAGGACCAGCAGCAAAUGAUGGAGGCUCAAGAGAGAAGCUUCCGGGAAAAUGUGGCUCAGCUAAAGGAGAAGAUGGAGAGGGAAAAGGAGAACAUUCUGAGGGAACAGGAAAGCAUGUUGGAGCACAAGCUGAAGGCCCAAAGAGAACUACUUAUGGAUGGUUUUAAAAAGAAAUCUGAAGCAUUAAAUAGAGAGAUACAGCAACUAAAAGAAGAGAUUACAAGAACUAGGAAGAAGAAAUCCUCUUUCUUUUCACAGCUCUUUGAUACAAUUGGAAAUGUUUUCAUAGCAGCAUUGCCUGGGGCUGGUAAAAUGGUCGGUUUAGGGAUGAAAGUGCUCGGUUCACAAAUGCAAUAGUCUGAGAGUUCCUGGCACAAAAAUAAUAAAAAUGAGACUUCUUUAAUUUUAA